AUGGCAAAGCGCAGAUUACCAGACAGGCCACCAAACGGGAUAGGAGCUGGUGAACGGCCGAGACUGGUACCUAGGCCCAUCAACGUACAGGACGCUGUGAACCGGCUAACGAAACCGUUCAGGGUUCCCUACAAGAAUACACACCUUCCACCCGCUCCUGGUAGAAUCGCCACCGGGUCUGAUAAUAUCGUAGGAGGAAGGAGCUUGAGGAAAAGAUCUGCCACUGUAUGUUAUUCUGGCUUGGAUAUAAAUGCUGACGAAGCAGAGUAUAAUAGUCAGGACAUGAGUUUUUCCCAGUUGACUAAACGACGGAAAGAUGCUCUCAGUGCUCAAAGAUUGGCCAAGGAUCCGACAAGACUGAGUCAUAUUCAGUACACUUUGAAAAGGUCCUUCACAGUCCCAAUUAAGGGGUAUGUACAGAGGCAUAGUCUCCCAUUAACUUUAGGGAUGAAAAAGAAAAUCACUCCAGAACCUCGACCUUUACAUGACCCAACAGACGAAUUUGCCAUAGUGCUUUAUGACCCGUCCGUUGACGGCGAAAUGAUUUUCCAUGACACAUCUAUAGAUAACAAGGAAGAAGAGUUGAAGAAAGUGGCCAAGAGCACGCAGGAAAAGGGGGACAUUAACAAAGAAGAGAAUAGCCAGGAGCAAAAACCCACACAAAAAAUAGGGCACCAUCCAGCCUUGAUGACAAAUGGUGUGAGAAACAAAACGUUACGUGAGCUUCUGGGUGAUUCGGAAAACUCUGCAGAGAACAAGAAGAAAUUUGCCAGUGUCCCUGUGGUUAUUGAUCCAAAACUGGCCAAGAUUUUAAGACCCCAUCAAGUUGAAGGUGUCAGAUUUUUAUACCGUUGUGUCACAGGGCUUGUGAUGAAGGAUUAUUUAGAAGCUGAGGCGUUCAACACUUCAAGCGAAGAUCCAUUGAAAAGUGACGAAAAAGCGCUUACGGAAUCUCAAAAGACUGAACAAAACAAUAGAGGUGCCUAUGGCUGUAUCAUGGCCGAUGAAAUGGGGCUAGGUAAGACAUUGCAGUGUAUAGCGCUGAUGUGGACAUUAUUAAGACAGGGCCCGCAGGGUAAAAGACUUAUAGACAAAUGCAUUAUUGUCUGUCCAUCUUCUUUAGUCAACAAUUGGGCCAACGAAUUGGUAAAAUGGUUGGGCCCUAAUACCUUAACUCCAUUGGCCGUCGAUGGAAAAAAAUCUUCAAUGGGUGGUGGUAAUACAACGGUUUCACAAGCCAUCCAUGCCUGGGCCCAGGCGCAGGGACGAAAUAUUGUUAAACCCGUCUUAAUCAUAUCGUAUGAGACUUUACGUCGGAAUGUCGAUCAAUUAAAAAGCUGCAAUGUUGGUCUAAUGCUGGCAGAUGAAGGUCAUCGUUUGAAGAAUGGUGACUCUUUAACAUUCACAGCUUUAGAUAGCAUCAAUUGUCCCAGGAGAGUUAUAUUGUCUGGUACGCCCAUUCAAAAUGAUCUUUCCGAAUAUUUUGCUCUGCUAAGUUUUUCCAAUCCUGGCUUAUUAGGGUCUAGAGCAGAGUUUAGAAAAAAUUUCGAGAAUCCAAUUUUGCGAGGGCGUGAUGCUGACGCUACCGAUAAAGAAAUUACAAAAGGUGAGGCGCAAUUACAAAAGCUAUCUACUAUUGUCUCCAAAUUUAUCAUUCGUCGUACUAACGAUAUUUUGGCCAAAUAUUUGCCUUGCAAGUAUGAGCACGUUAUUUUCGUAAACUUAAAGCCACUACAGAACGAUCUUUACAAUAAAUUGAUCAAGUCCAGGGAGGUGAAAAAAGUAGUUAAGGGUGUUGGUGGCUCUCAGCCGCUGAGGGCAAUAGGUAUUUUGAAGAAGCUAUGUAAUCAUCCUAAUCUCUUGAAUUUUGAAGACGAAUUUGACGACGAGGAUGAUUUGGAGUUGCCUGAUGAUUACAAUUUGCCCAGCUCAAAAGCUAGGGACGUGCAAACGAAGUAUUCAGCUAAAUUUUCCAUUUUAGAAAGAUUUCUCCAUAAGAUAAAGACUGAAUCCGAUGAUAAAAUUGUUUUGAUCUCCAAUUAUACCCAAACCUUGGAUCUAAUUGAAAAAAUGUGUAGAUAUAAACACUAUAGUGCUGUACGGUUGGAUGGUACAAUGUCAAUUAACAAGAGACAAAAAUUGGUGGAUAGAUUCAACGAUCCUGAGGGCCAAGAGUUUAUCUUCCUUUUAAGUUCUAAAGCAGGUGGCUGUGGUAUCAAUCUGAUUGGUGCAAACAGGUUAAUUUUGAUGGAUCCGGAUUGGAAUCCUGCCGCUGACCAACAAGCUUUGGCGCGUGUUUGGAGGGAUGGUCAGAAAAAGGACUGCUUCAUUUACAGAUUCAUAUCGACUGGUACCAUAGAGGAAAAAAUUUUCCAAAGGCAAUCUAUGAAAAUGAGUUUGAGUUCAUGCGUGGUCGAUGCAAAAGAAGACGUUGAGAGGUUGUUCAGUUCUGACAAUUUAAGACAGUUGUUCCAGAAAAAUGAGAAUACAAUAUGUGAAACACAUGAAACCUACCAUUGUAAACGUUGUAGUGCUCAGGGCAAACAAUUAAAGAGAGCCCCUGCAAUGCUAUAUGGUGAUGCAACAACUUGGAAUCACUUAAAUCAUGACGCUUUGGAAAGAACAAAUGAUCAUUUACUAAAAAACGAGCAUCAUUACAACGAUAUAAGUUUCGCAUUUCAAUAUAUUUCACAUUAA